AAAUCCACUGGUAAGAUAAUCCACUUUCAUGUCAGGAGAUGUCUGCUUGCAUCCUGCCACAUAGGUAAUAUUAAAAAUGAAAGAAAAGACUCUUCUAGUUUGGGGCAGUAUUUUUCAUGAAUGGUAGCAAUGGUACUUAAGAACCUUCUGGUUUUCAUUGCUUAUAGGAGAGGUAUGAUGAGCAAAGUACUGAACUUUGUAAGGACUUUUUUCUGUAAGUUACUACAAAAUUGACUAACUGGAAUUAUAUGCAAUUUUUUAGUUUGUGUUAAAGGCAACUCAUAUACUUCAAUGCCUGGCCAUUGUAAUUUUUGUGAUAUUCUGUGGAAGGAAUCGCUGAGAUGUCACUGACAGCAUUACUGAACAUCUAACUGUGCAUUUUUCUUUUAUGCAGAAGCUUCAGUAUGAGGCGAGGUGGAUGGAGGAAACGGGCUGGUGAAGGCGAUGGCUGGGGAGGAUGGGGAGGGUACAUGUCAGCAAAGGUUAAGAAACUGGAGGAUCAGUUCCGGUCAGAUUCAGCCAUACAACACCAGAGGGAUGGGAAUUCAUCAAGUAUCUUUAGUGGCGUCGCCAUCUAUGUCAAUGGCUUUACAGAUCCCUCAGCUGAUGAGUUAAGACGGCUUAUGAUGUUGCAUGGAGGUCAAUACCAUGUGUAUUAUUCCAGAUCAAAAACAACGCACAUCAUUGCCACAAAUCUGCCAAAUGCCAAAAUAAAAGAACUGAAAGGAGAAAAAGUAGUUCGACCAGAGUGGAUAAUGGAAAGCAUUAAAGCUGGGCGUCUCCUCUCACACAUUCCAUAUCAGCUUUACACCAAGCAGUCAAGUGUUCAAAAAGGUCUCAAUUUUAAUAGCAUAUGCAAACCUGAAGAUGCUGUGCCAGGUCCAAGCAAUAUAGCUAAAGAUCUCAACAGGGUAAAUCACAUUAAGCAGUGUGAGAUGGAAAGUGAGAUCACACCCAAUGGAAUAAGUAGCUGGAAUGAAGAACUGGAAGAAGACAGUGAUGGGUUGGGAUUUACAGAGCUGGACCAGAUCCUUCCUGAAAAAAAACAAAAUGGGAUUCAAUCUCACAAAGACAGCACUGCCAUUUUUAAUGGACACACGCCUAACAUUUGUACCAGUGCCUUAAAGACACAGGAUUGCUUGGUGCCCUCCAGCAACAGCGUUGCAAGUAGGUUCUCUCCAGGCUCUGUGCAGGAGGAGGGGAAACCUGAAAAAGGCAUCGUUGACUUUAGAGACUGCACAAUGCAGCAGUUGCAGCAAAGCAACAAAAAUACAGACUUUUCGUGGAAUCCACAUAGGACUAUGAGUAAUUCAUCCUCAUCUUCAUCUUUGCACAGUAAUACUAAAAUAAAUGGUGCUCACCACUCCACUGUUCAGGGGCCUUCAAGCACAAAAAGCACUUCUGUACCUGCUCCGAGCAAGACAGCUUCCUUAUCUGUGUCCAAAUCUUCAGAUUGUAGUUUUAUUUCUGACUUUUAUUCACGUUCAAGAUUACAUCAUAUAUCAACAUGGAAGUGUGAAUUGACUGAGUUUGUCAACAGCCUACAGAGAAAAAACAGCGGUGUCUUUCCAGGAAGGGAAAAAUUAAAAAAAUGGAAAGCAGGCAGGUCUGCACUUAAAACUGACACAGGUAUUGUGUCUGUUGCGAGCUCAGCCAAGCCACAGAGCUGUAUAAUGCACGUGGAUAUGGAUUGCUUCUUUGUGUCUGUGGCGAUCCGAAAUAGACCCGAUCUCAAAGGAAAGCCAGUAGCUGUUACUAGCAACAGAGGUGCAGGAAAGGCACCGCUGCGCCCUGGUGCAAACCCCCAGCUUGAAUGGCAAUAUUACCAGAAUAAGCUAUUGAAUGGCAAAGCAGAAAUUAGAAUACCUGAUAAGCUGGACUCCUCGGUCUGGGAGCAUUCGGAUUCUGCACACAUGAAUGGAGUUGACUGUGAUCUGACUGUUCUGUCCAUGGCUGAAAUUGCUUCUUGUAGUUAUGAAGCCAGACAAGCUGGCAUAAAGAAUGGAAUGUUUUUUGGACAAGCAAAAAAGUUGUGUCCAAACCUUCAAGCAGUUUCAUAUGAUUUUAAUGCAUAUAAAGAAGUUGCACAGACAGUAUAUGAAAUACUAGCAAGCUAUACUCAUAACAUCGAAGCUGUCAGUUGUGAUGAAGCGCUAGUAGAUAUCACUGAAAUCCUUACAGAGACCAGACUGACUCCUGAUGAACUUGCAAACGCUAUCCGUGAUGAAAUCAAAGCCCAGACUAAAUGCACUGCUUCUGUUGGGAUGGGUUCCAAUAUUCUGCUGGCCAGAAUGGCAACUCGUAAAGCAAAACCCGACGGACAGUAUCACCUAAAACCUGAAGAAGUAGAUGAUUUUAUCAGGGGUCAGCUUGUUACGAAUCUUCCAGGAGUUGGCAGGUCGAUGGAGUCUAAGCUGGCUUCUUUGGGAAUUAGAACCUGUGGAGAUCUGCAGUGUGCUUCGAUGUCAAAACUGCAAAAAGAAUUUGGUCCAAAAACAGGACAAAUGCUCUACAGGUUUUGUCGUGGUUUAGAUGAUCGACCUGUCCGCACAGAAAAAGAAAGAAAAUCUGUUUCAGCAGAAAUCAACUAUGGAAUAAGGUUUACACAGCCUAAAGAAGCAGAAGCCUUCCUUCUGAGUCUCUCAGAAGAAAUCCAACGUAGACUUGAAGCUGCUGGUAUGAAGGGUAAACGGUUGACCCUCAAGAUAAUGGUCAGAAAGGCUGGGGCACCAGUGGAGCCUGCAAAAUAUGGAGGUCAUGGAAUCUGUGAUAACAUUGCCAGGACUGUGACUCUAGACCAUGCAACAGACAGUGCAAAAGUAAUUGGAAAAGAAACUCUAAACAUGUUUCACACAAUGAAACUGAACAUAUCUGAUAUGCGAGGGGUUGGAAUUCAGGUACAGCAGUUAGUCCCCAUCAGUAAAACCACUUCAGCUCAAUCAGCAGUGCAAUCUGGACGCUUACCUGGUGGAUCACAUUCAGUUAUUGAUCUUCUUCAUGUUCAGAAAGCAAAAAAGUGCUCAGAAGAAGAACAUAAAGAAGUAUUUGUUGCUGCUAUGGACCUUGAAAUAUCUUCUGACUCAAGAACUUGCACUGUUCUUCCAUCUCGCGGUACCCAUCUCACGGCUGGUCUCAAUUCUAAUGUUAGCAAGGCUGAUUCUGCUGUCAAAUUGAAUGGCUUGCAUUCUCCUAUCAGCGUAAAAUCCAGGCUUAAUUUGAGUAUUGAGGUUCCAUCUGCUUCCCAGCUAGAUAAGUCUGUGUUAGAAGCUCUGCCACCUGAUCUCCGGGAACAAGUAGAGCAAAUCUACACCAUACAGCAAGGAGAGACCUAUGGAGACAGCAAAAGAGAGCCAAUAAAUGGAUGUAACACUGCACUUCUCUCACAGCCAGUUGGAACAGUGCUUUUACAAGUACCAGAGCUCCAAGAACCAAAUGCCAAUAUGGGAAUUAAUGUAAUAGCCUUGCCAGCUUUCUCACAGGUGGACCCUGAGGUUUUUGCUGCACUGCCUGCUGAGUUGCAAGCAGAGUUGAAAGAUGCAUAUGAUCAAAGGCAAAAGCAACCAGAGCAGCAACCUGCUAACGCUUUUGUAUCAAAGAAUCCUUGCCUACAACUGAAGCAUGCGACAACAAAAAAUAAGAAAAAAAUACAGAAAAAAAUACCAGUCAGUCCUGUAAAAAAGAUUCAGAGUCCUCUGAAAAACAAACUCCUGGGUAGCCCUGCGAAAAACAUGCCAGCUACAUCUGGAAGCCCACAAAAGCUAAUGGAUGGUUUCUUGAAACAGGAAGGAGCAGCUGCUCAGCUAGAAGCAGUUCCAUCAACUUCAGAUGCUUCAGACCCAUCAGCUCUGCAGACUGAACAGUGUGGUUCCUUCAGGCCACAGGUACCCAACCUGGCUGGAGCUGUUGAAUUCAAUGAUGUAAAAACGCUGCUGAAAGAAUGGAUAACAACUAUUUCAGAUCCUAUGGAAGAAGACAUUCUGCAGGUUGUGAAGUAUUGUACUGAUCUAAUAGAAGAAAAAGAUUUGGAAAAAUUGGAUCUGGUUGUUAAGUACAUGAAAAGGUUAAUGCAGUCAUCUGUGGAAUCAGUUUGGAAUAUGGCAUUUGACUUCAUUCUUGACAAUGUUCAGGUAGUUUUACAGCAAACUUACGGAAGCACAUUAAAAGUUAUCUGAACUUGUAGUGAGGAACUUGAGAGCCUGGAGCUCUCUGCUAGCUGUGCCAUAAGUGCUUGUGAGGUAUUUGCAAAGUGCAUGAUAGUAAUGCCCUGAGUUUUUAUAAUUUCAAAUUUCUUUUUAAACAACAAAGUGUUUUGUACAUUUCUUUUCAGAAAGUGCCAAAUUUGUCAGUAUUGCAUGUAAAUAAUUGUGUUAAAAUUCUUUUAUUGUAGUAUAGAAUCUAUUUACAAAAUGUUUGUUUAUAAAGUUUUAUGGAUUUUUACAGUGAAGUGUUUACAGUUGUUUAAUAAAGAACUGUAUGUAUA